UGUUUUUUUUUUCAUUGACAAUUUUAAUCUAUGUGAUUAUCUAAUUAAUUGUAAUUUAAUUUUCUUCUUUUGUUUUUAUUUAAUCUCUUGAUUGGUUUCUCCAUUGAUACCAUCAAGUUGUUCUUCCAUUAAUUUAGCCAUGAGUGAUUUAUUCGAGUUAAUUCAAAAUGAUAUUCCUGAAGGGAGACAAAACCUUCAAGAUAGUCAUUCCAAUCUUGAAUUAGUUGCCAAAUAUUGUGAGGAUAAUUAUUUCAGAGCGGAGGAUAAAAAAGCUGCCCUUGAAGAGACUAAAAAUUAUACCACUCAGUCUUUGGCCAGUGUGGCAUAUCAAAUAAAUACUUUGGCUUAUAAUCUAAUCCACAUGUUGGACCUACAAGGAUCACAAUUAGCUGAAAUGGAGUCACAAAUAAACCAUAUCAAUCAAACAGUCAACAUACACAAAGAGAAAGUAGCUCGUCGGGAGAUUGGAGUUUUAACUGCAAAUAAAUCAACAUACCGUCAACAUAAGAUAUUGGUUCCAGCAAAUCCAGAGAGACCCGUGAAAUAUACUAGAAAACCGAUAGAUUAUUCAAUUUUAGAUGACAUUGGUCAUGGUGUAAAAAUUGCCACAACAAAUGCUCCUCGGACUAAACGUUUAUCGGGUUCCAAUCAGAUUAAUGGAUCAAAUUCAAUGACCAUGGGUAGAGCUGGAACUGCUCCCACUACUAAGCCACCAACUCCACCAGGUACUUUAAGAGGAAGUGGUAGUUUAUCCAGAUCAUCUAAAGAGUAUCGAACCCCUGCUCCUCCUGUUGCCCCACCACAAGUUCCAAGUAAUUAUGCUCCAAAUUAUCCAAUUGGCCAUCCAAAAGGUCCUGAUAGUGCUCGACGAGGUAGCGGAUAUUCAACUCUUCCAGUUAACAUGGCUCAUUCAGGGGGACAAAUUUCUGCAGCUAUGCAAGCAAUGCAAAUUCAAGAUCAGUAUCAACAACAAUUACAAUCAGCCCAACAGGCUCAUCAUCAACUCAUGCAACAAAAUUCUGGCGACCCAACUUACCAGCAAACACCCACAUAUAGUCAAGGCUUACAAAAUAAUUCACAACAGGAUCUGAUGCAUAGGAGAAUCUAUCAAGAAAGACCCAUGAAUAUUGUGCCACCUUCACCCACUCCACCUCUUCCACCUCCACCUCCAGUUAACCAGGAUAUUGGCUCUAAUCGUGAUUCUUUACCAGAACCUCCUCCUCUCCUCCAACAAGCUUCAAUUCCUGGAAAUGUCUCUCCUCCUCUUCCCCCUCCACCGCCAAUCGAUGAAACGAUGUAUAAUCAUGGAGCCGGUGUGCCAACUGAUUGGGUUCCUAAAAAUUAUCUUGAAAAAGUCAUUGCGGUCUACGAUUAUAUCGCUCAGGCAGAUGAUGAACUUUCGUUCUCGGAGAAUUCAGUCAUUUAUGUUAUUAAGAAAAACGAAGACGGUUGGUACGAAGGUGUAAUGGAUGGUAUUACUGGUCUAUUUCCAGGAAAUUAUGUUGAACCCUGUUUAUAGUUAUUAUCAUGAACAUUUUCACUGCUCAUCAAAUGAAUAAUUAGAUAGCUGCUGACUGUUAGUUACAUUAUAAAACUAUUCAUUUUAUCAUCAUUUCCUUUGACUCACUAAUGAAUUUCCAGUUAUCUGAUUUGUUUUUCCCCCUGCUAAUUGGUUGAUCCAACGUUAACUUUAACCAGCUCAAAAUUUACGUUUACAAUCAACACCCCAAACCCAAAAAUCAAUUACAAUAUUGAAAUUUAUACUGUUUUUAUUUUUCGAUUCACAAUCUUAAAUAAUAUAUUCAUACAAAUCCAACCUCCUUUAAUCAUAUUCAUUUAAAUCCUAAUAACUAAUCUCUAAUUUAGAGCUUAAUCAUCUAUGUUAAUCCAUUUAUUGUAAAGUUGUGGAUGAGAAAUUAACCGAUUUGCCAGAAAAUCAGAAAGAAAAUAAAACAUUUCUGAUUA